CCAGUGCAUGCUGGUCGGCAUCCUUGUCUCGGUCCAGCGCAGCGUCUGCGCUUUCCGUCUGCGUCCCCGUCCCGGUCCGCGCUCUCGGGCCUCUCCGCCUGCGCCCUCUCCAAGGGUACCCGCCGCAGCCCUGGCGCUCCCCGCGGGCCCCGCCGAGGCCGCCUGCGCCCUGUGCCAGCGCGCGCCCCGCGAGCCGGUGCGCGCCGACUGCGGCCACCGCUUCUGCCGGGCUUGCGUGGUGCGCUUCUGGGCGGAGGAGGACGGGCCCUUCCCUUGCCCCGAGUGCGCCGAUGACUGCUGGCAGCGCGCCGUGGAGCCCGGCCGCCCGCCGCUCAGCCGCCGCCUGCUGGCGCUCGAGGAGGCGGCCGCAGCACCCACGCGCGACGGCCCGGCCUCGGAGGCGGCGCUGCAGCUGCUGUGUCGCGUCGACGGGGGUCCGCUGUGCGCCGCCUGCCGAAUGGCGGCGGGGCCCGAGCCACCCGAGUGGGAGCCCCGCUGGAGGAAGGUGCUGCGCGGCAAGGAGAAUAAGGGGUCUGUGGAGAUCAUGAGGAAAGAUCUGAAUGAUGCUCGGGACCUGCAUGGCCAGGCCGAGUCUGCUGCUGCCGUGUGGAAGGGACACGUGAUGGACCGCAGGAAGAAGGCCCUGACCGACUACAGGAAGCUUCGGGCUUUCUUUGUGGAGGAGGAGGAGCGCUUCCUGCAGGAGGCAGAAAAAGAGGAGGGGUCCCCCGAAGAGGAGGAUGCUGACCCUGCAGAGAGGUUCAGGUCCCUCCUGCAGGCCCUGUCGGAGCUGGAGCAGAGGCACCGCAACCUGGGCCUUAGCAUGCUGCUCCAGUGAUGCCAGGCAGAGGAAGCUGGCUCGACCGUGGCCCAGCCCCCAGCAGCUCCAUCCGCCUCCUUCCGGACCCCGGAGGGUCUCCACCUAGGUGUGACUGGGCUUCGUACCGUAGGUGCCGCCUUGGGUUGUCCCCUCAGGAGUGUCGGUGUUUUCUUUCCCGGGUGUUCGUGUUUCUGGGCUGUGAAAGCCAGCCUCACUGUGGAGACCUGAAGCGGUGGGGAGGCAUCAGUAACUCAAGUGUAUCCUGUUCUUUCUCUUCAUAAAGCUGUUAUUGCCGCU